AUGGCCAAGGACACGACAACCCUCAUCAUCCACUGGGUGUUCAGUGGCCUGGCCAUACUGAUCAUGAUAGUAAGAUUGGUCUGGAGAAAGGUGGCAAAACAAACUUAUACAUGGGGCGACUAUUUCACCUUGGCCGCCAUAGUCUGCGCUGUGACGAGGCUGGCCCUGAUACAUGUAGUUCUCAUUUGGGGAACUAGCAAUGUACCCAAGGCUGUCCGUCUGAAUCAUACCUUCUCGGCGACGGAAAUCUACCAACGUGAGAUUGGGAGUCAAUUAUCCAUCGCGAAUCGCUUCUUCUACAAUUCAUACCUCUGGCUACAGAAACUUGUUCUGUUGGAUCUCUACCGCCGUGUCAUUCUCGACCUUUCGUACGAAAAGCUUGUUAUAAGGGGAUACGUCGUCGUGUUUUUCGCGUCCUAUGUCGUGGUACAAGUCAUCACCUUUACCGAAUGCAGGCCAUUCAGAUUGUAUUGGCAAGUCGUGCCUGAUCCUGGUUCAUGUGCCAAAGCUCCGGUUCAACUUCUCACCCUAGGAAUACUAAAUAUUAUUACUGACUUCAUGUUGCUCGUCUUGCCCAUACCCGUUGUCGUAACGCUAAAGGCACCGUGGAGGAGAAAAGUACAGCUCUAUGUGCUCUUCACUCUUGGCAUCUUCAUCAUCGUCAUCACCAUUGUACGUCUGCCUAUUAACUCCAUCAAUAUCGAUAGCCAGGUCAGCCGCACCACCUGGGCCAGCACAGAAUUAUUUACGGCCGCCAUUGUCGUCAACGCCCCGUCAUUAUAUGGCUGCUGGAAUAAGAGCAGACGGGACAGAACCGAGUCGAAUCGCAUGAAAGGUGACUAUGAAAAUCGAAGGACCGGCAGCGGGCAGCUUCAUCCAGAUACCAUUGGUGGCAGCAACGACUCUUAUGAGAUGCAACGAAGGAGAAAACCAACAGCGCGAGGAAUACUGGUGACCAAGGAUAUUACGAUGACAAACGUGCGGGAGGAUGAUGAACCAGAGAGCCUCGUUGCCCACCACUUGGAUAUGGAAGUUGCCUCACAGCAUUCAAGCCAACGAGAGAUUUUACAACGAUAG